AUGGCGCCCAGCGGGGAGGAGGAGGUCGCGAAUGCGGGUGAGGCGACGUCCACGCCAGGGGUGGUGGACAUGAAGGUCACUACGAACAAGAGCGCGGGCUUCUAUAUCCGUGCCGCUACCAGCUUCCUCGCCGGGGUGGAGGCCAAGGAUGGCAAGGAGGCGAAGGAGCCGGUCUGCGUCCUCAACAUCUCCGGGCUCGGUGACGCCGUCAGCGCCGCCUGUUCCGCCGCGGCGGCGGUGGAGAGCAAGGGGUUGGGCUACAUAAAGAAGAUCGAGACGUCGUACCCAGAGAUGGAGGGCUCGGGGCGCGGCUGCCCACGCGUGCUCAUCACCGUGUUCCACAAGGGCGCGUGA